GGGCGGGUUCGAGGCCCUCAGAGCAGCCUCUGAGCUGGGCCCAGCCCGGCCUGGAGGCCCAAGGCCCUUCCUGCAGCCUCUGAGCCGGGGGGAGCCGAGGGCUUGGGGUCCUCGCUGGCCUCCGUUUUCUGCUAGUGAUGGGGGGGGGCUCCCGGCCUUGUCCCCCCCCCCACCCGCCGCCGCCCCCGGUGCCCCUCCCCCGCUGACGCUGCCCGCUCUCCCCCCAGUGUUCAUCUGCAGCUUCAUGGUGGCGGCCCCCAUCUUCGGCUACCUGGGGGACCGCUUCAACAGGAAGGUCAUCCUGAGCUGCGGCAUCUUCUUCUGGUCGGCCGUCACCUUCUCUAGCUCCUUCAUCACCCAGCAGUACUUCUGGCUCCUGGUGCUCUCGCGGGGCUUGGUCGGGAUAGGAGAAGCCAGCUACUCCACCAUCGCGCCCACCAUCAUCGGCGACCUCUUCAACAGGAACACCCGCACCCUCAUGCUCUCCAUCUUCUACUUUGCCAUCCCCCUGGGGAGUGGCCUGGGCUACAUCACUGGGUCCAGCGCGAAGCAGGUGGCUGGAGACUGGCACUGGGCCCUGCGGGUGUCUCCAGUCAUGGGCAUGAUCACGGGCACACUCAUCCUCCUCUUUGUGCCGGCCGCGAGGAGGGGGUAUGCGGAGCAGCUCGGGGGGCAGCUGAAGGCCCGCACCUCCUGGCUCCGGGACAUGAGGGCGCUGAUCCGAAAGCCAGCACAUUCCUGGCGGGGUGGGGACGUCCCCUCCCCAGCCUCUGGCCCUUGGUCAGCUGGGGGAGAGCUUCCUGAGCGGGGCGGGGGCCGGGCCGGGUCUCCAGGGAGAAGGUGGGGGGCGGGGCCCCUCGGGCUGGGCCUCCCGGUGCCCUUGGGACGAGCGGGGGGCAUCCCUCUGCGGGGAGGAGGCUGGCAGGGGAGACCCGGGCUGGGGGGCGCUGGGGCCAGCGCCCAGAAGCAGCAGGGGGUGUGUGUGCGGGGGGCGCCCCCCGUGCCCCCCCGCAGGGGCCUAAGGGCUCCCUCUCCCCCCUCCUGCCUCCCCCAGAUCUGCAUCUUCAUUGGGGAGACGCUGCUCUUCUCCAACUGGGCCAUCACGGCGGACAUCCUCAUGUACGUGGUCAUCCCCACUCGCCGCGCCACGGCCGUGGCUCUCCAGAGCUUCACCUCUCACCUCCUGGGAGACGCGGGCAGCCCCUAUCUCAUCGGCUUCAUCUCGGACCUGAUCCGCCAGAGCACGCGGGAGUCGGCCCUCUGGGAGUUCCUGAGCCUGGGCUACGCCCUCAUGCUCUGCCCCUUCGUGGUGGUCCUGGGCGGGAUGUUCUUCCUCGCCACGGCCCUCUUCUUCCUCAGCGACCGGGCCAAAGCCGAGCAACAGGUCAACCAGCUGAUGAUGCCCCCAGCUGCUGUGAAAGUCUGAACGGGAUGUUUUGGGAGCAAGAGUCCAGACCCCGGGCCAUGGAGGGCAGGGGCCAGGAUCUACCCCCCACAGCAGGAGGGCAGCCCGGAGGAGGACCGGCGAGAGGGGCUCCAGACAUGUAGCUUUCAGAGGAAGCCCACCCGGGCCUUUGGCGGGGGACGCUGCUGACCAAAGGAGUGGGGGGGGGUCUUGAACUCCCAAUGGAGGCUGGGGAGGUAGAACUGCCCUUCUCCAGAGGCCCUGAGCUUCCAGGAUGCUCCCAGCCCCUCCCCCACCCUUUCAUCCCUCAGCAUCUCGGCCUGGAUCCGAUGGCCCUCCCAGGGCCCCUCCCGUCCCAGUUUUGGGGAGCCGCCUUGUCCCAGCUCCCACGGCUGCUAGAGCUGGCUCGGAGCCUGGAAUCCAGGCCUCCUGCUUACAAAGUAGGCCACCCCUCCCCUCCCCCCAGCUGGGCCACCCUUGGCCCACUACCCACUUGCCCUUCUGGGCAAGGAGUGUCACUAGACCAAGUGCCCCCUCUCCACUCCUGGUGGGGGCGGGGCUGGCAAGAAGUCUCUGUUGCCCCAGCUUGUCCCCAGGCCAGCCCCGGGUUUGGGCUCCUGAGGGGUGGCCCGAGUCAGCUGGCUCAGGGGACCCACACUCCUGAGCCUCAGAAGCCAGCCCCGCCACCAGGUGUGGGCGCCGCCCCCAGGCCUUGACAGCUAUCCAGGGGAUUUAAAUCAAGACCACAUGGGACUCAGCCUGGAACACCCCCAGGGGGAGGCACAGCCAGGGCUCCGUGCCCGGGCCCAUCCCGCAAAGCUGCUCUGCUUUCCCCGGGGGAAGGGGGGGAUAAGGCUGAGCAGAGACCACCAGACUGUCAAGUUUCUUUGUGAUUCCCCCCAGCGUAAAACUGCACAAUCCUAGAGACUCCGGGCCUCAGGGGGAGGCUCCCCAAACCAGGUCGAGACCAGUCACAAAGGGGGGCUACCCUCAGACCCCCAGAGCCAGCCCCAGUGAGUCGGCUGGACGCGGAGCCCGCUCCUUCCCCGGAGGGGGUGUCACGUGUGCGGGAACCCCGGCCUGGGGCAGGAGCCCCCAUGCCCACCGGGUCUGGGGACAUAAGCAGAGACAAGUCACACAGCCUGACAAGCCUGGGACUUCUGGGAGCGCGGGGCCAGACCGGAGGUGGCCGCCCACUCCCUCCUGCCUCACAAGCCCGCGGGGGCGGGGCCAGCCAGGGCUGCCCCGCCCCCAGGACCAAGCUUUCUUGUCGUACAAGAGCCGGCGUCCCGGCUCCCGCCUCCCGCAGGCGCUUUGAUUUUGCAGAGCAGCCGGGCUGGGGCCGCGGGGGCGCCACGUCACGUCCGCUAAUAAUAAACGUAUUUAAGGCCAG